AUGUUAAAAUAAUAUAUAAAUGUAAAUACAACUUAAUAACCCAAAAAGUCAAGCAAGUAUGAAUUGAUUUAUAGAUUUGCAAUGAAAUAGUAUUAAUGGUGUGGAGCAAUUGGCAUUUGCUCUGAUAAUCAUAUUGUGGUUGUUGGUUGUAAAAACUAAUUAAAGAUCUGCUAAUUUUCAUAGUAAAUACUGAAAUUACAUUAAACCUACAAAUCCCACACUUUAGAUGUCAUUACAAUAAACUUUUUCAGAAAGCCAAGCAAUAUGAUAUCUGGAAGUGAAGAUAAAUAGAUGAUUCUUUGGACCUUGAUUAAUGGAAAUUCUAAAAAAUAUUUAAAUAAAUAAAAAGGAAAGGAUAGUUAAAUAUUAAGUGUUAUUUUGAAUGAAAGAGAAGACUGAAUUAUCUCUGGAAGCAGUAAUAUUUAAAUUUGGAAACUUUAGAAUGGUUGGUCAUGCAUAUAAACUAUGAAUGACCAUAAAGAUUUUGUUUGGGCGUUGAGUAUCAAUGAAAAUGGCAACUAACUUCUUUCAUCUGGAUAUGAUAAAUUAAUAAUCAUAUUUCAAUUCAUAAAAGAUAAUAAUCAGAAUAAGAAGUGGGUUUAAAUAUAAAAAUUUGAGGGAGAUGGUUUUAGAUUAUGCUGGGUAAAUGAUUCACUCUUCACUUUUUAAAAGUAUUGCAAAGAAUAUUUGAGUCUAUAUUAGAAAUAUAAUGCUUCUUAAAUUUUUCGAAAGAUAAAGAAUAUUUAUAUAAAAAAUAAUUCAACAUCAUGUUAUGGAUUUUUCCCUUAAAAAUAUGUAAAAGAGAAAAAUACACUUGUGAAUAAGAAUGGCAAAACAGUGAAUAUUUUAUCAAAAUAAGAAAAUGAAGAUUUUAUUUUAGAUUAGUCAAUUUAGUUUAAUGAUUAUUAUAUACAGGGAUGUUUAAGUGAUGAUGGAGAGUAUUUAAUCACUUGGGAUGGAGGAAAAUAAGGAUCAUUUGAAAUUUAGAUUAGAAAGUAUUCAGAAAUAAGAAUUGUGAUGUUUGUUUCUGUAACAUCAAUAAUAUAAAAUUAUUAUUAGCUAUUAAUAAAAAUAUUAUGA